AUGGCAUCGAAAGCAUUAAAACGUAUUAUUCCAUUAUUUGAUCGUGUACUUGUUGAACGUUUUGCCGCCGAAACUACAACAAAAGGUGGAUUACAUCUCCCUGAAAAAUCGUUAGGAAAAGUACUUAAUGCAACUGUCAUCGCUGUUGGUAAAGGUCUUAAAUAUAAGGAUGGUGAACAUGUACCAGUAAGUGUUCAAGCCGGUGAUAAAGUUCUAUUACCAGAAUAUGGUGGUACUAAAGUUGAAAUAGAUGAUAAAGAAUAUUUCAUCUUUAAAGAAGCCGAUAUUCUUGCUAAAUGGGAAUAA